AUUAUAAAAUAUAUGGUUUUAAUCACAAUAAAAAUAAAAAAUAAACUCUUUUUUUUAAACUCCUUUUUUUUAAGGGGGGCACUAUAUUAUAAUUCGAUUUGGGGAUUUAGCGAGCAGCGUUCCUGUUCACCAGUGUUAUGCAUGAUCGUGCACAGACUGAGGAACAUGAGCGCAGCUCUGGUCUCGGAGCCGCAGAUGGGCGUCACCACUUUCAUUCACUCUAUUUAAACAACCUGCGCCAACGACAGAAGCGCCAACGGGAUCGGAUUAAUGUUGAGCACUGACCGAGCAUUAAAGGCAAAAUGACUGAGUUGCAGUCUUCAACACCAAAUGAAAAGAUCAGUCUAAGUGGCAGCGAACUGACUGAAUUCUUCGCCAUGUGGGAAGAAUUAAACUUCACAGACGCCAAUGACAACAGCUCACGGGUGGAAGCGCAAAUGUGCCCCACCUCCUUCAACCGUACUGCUCUCCUCAAUGCUAUGUGCACCCUCUACGCCUUCAUUUUUGUUGUGGGCCUGGCCGCCAACGCGCUAGUAGUGUGGGUCAACUUGCGCUCGGAGCGUCAUUACCACGAGACACACUUGUAUAUAUUAAACCUAGCGGUGGCUGACCUGUGUGUGGUCGCUACUCUCCCAGUGUGGGUGAGCUCGCUGGCACAGGGUGGUCACUGGCCAUUUGGCCAGGCGGCUUGUAAGCUCACACAUCUUCUCUUCAGUGUCAACCUUUUCGCCAGCAUCUUUUUCCUGGCCUGCAUGAGCGUGGACCGUUAUCUUUCGGUGGUACGCUCGGAGGAGAUUUCUCCCAGACGAGGACGACAAAUACGCCGUUUAGUGUGUGCAAUAACAUGGCUGCUUGCUUUAUUCGCCUCAGUACCUGACACAUACUUCCUGCAGUCCGUAAAGUCACUACACAGUCAUGUGACCUUGUGUCAUCCAGUAUAUCCAGAGGACAACCCUUUGCAGUGGAUGGUGGGCAUUCAACUGAGUUUUGUGGUUCUUGGUUUUGUCAUUCCCUUCCCUGUUAUAGCAGUGUCCUAUGCACUGCUGGCAAAAGCUCUGGGUUCAUCUUCCUCUCAUUCCUCUUUAAAUGGUGACCAGGAUCGCAGCGUGAGCAGGAAGGUCAUCCUCACGUACAUAGUGGUUUUCAUAGCUUGCUGGGCACCAUAUCAUGCUGUGCUGUUAGCCGACGCUCUAGCCAUGCUAGGUGUGCUCCCACUGGGCUGUGGUUCAGAGAACGGCCUUUUUGUGGUGCUGCACCUCACGCAGUGCCUGUCGCUGCUGCACUGCUGCGUGAACCCUGUUGUCUACAGCUUCGCUCACCGUCACUACCGCUAUGACCUCAUGAAAGCCUUCAUCUUCAAAUAUUCCACUCGUACGGGGCUGGCACGACUCAUGGAGGGCUCUCAGGGCACCGAGACAGAAUACGCAGUGGUGGAGAACAACCCUAUGGCUGUGAGUUAGGACCCUCGAGACGUCACCCUAAACCAAAGUUCUGCACUUCUUCAAAACAGGAACUCAUCUGACAUGUUUUCCUGAAGUUCAGAUAAACAAAACUGAAUUUGAACAUGUUAUGCAUCAAAAUAGCAGACAAUUCUGAACAGUGACCCCAAAGAUACUGAAUAAUUCAUUUGAAAUGUGCCAAAGAGUGGUGAGGUCAGAAACACUCUGACAUGUUUUCCUAAAUUCUGAUAAAACUGAAUUUGAACAUGUUUUACGUCAAAAUUGAAGCAAGUGCUCAACAGUGACCCCAAAGAUAGUGAAUAAGUCAUUUGAAAUGUACCAAAAACUGAUGGGAUUUUAUUGUAAAAUGAGAACCAUAAACAUUCAACCAAUGAAUUGAUUCCAAACUGACUAGCAGCCAAAAUUGUACCAUUUUAAACCACUUUAGAGAAACAUGUAGUUACAGCUUGGUGCUGUAUCAUUCAAGAAACAAAAUCUCUUAUAAUUCUGUCAAAUCACUUCUUAGAAAUGUGUGAUUGCUUUCAAUCAUCAUAAAAUGAUUUAUGAUGCAAUAUAUACAAGAAUUGAAGCAAAGGGAAGGUCAACAAACCAUUAAAAUUUGAUAAAAUGUAUUAAACAAAAAAGAAAGAUUUUUUUUUAUUUAUAACAUUUAUGUCAUAUAAGCAUAGUGAUGUACUUUUAGUUCUUUUCUUAAUUGUGUUAAUAUUUACUGACUGAAUUGCUCAGAGCACUUUCCUUGAUGAAAAGGGGUUUUUGUAUCUGUGGCAAGAGAAUUGGCAUUACUUUAGUAUUUUCACAUGUUCUCCACAACAGCACAUUCCAACAUGUUUGAAGAAUAGAACAAGUUAGAACUUAUUUUCAACUGGGUUUUAAUUUGCAACUGUGUUUGUACAUCAUUGUAGGCUUUGUUCAUGUGUGUAUAUGAUGUUUUAUGAUUGGCUGUCAUCUUGUAACAGAGCCUUGUGUGUGUGUACUUGGAAGGGCAUUUACUUUAUUUGGUCUUUGAUAGAUGUGUAUAUUUCAGUUAUCUAAAAAGUAAGUUAAGUAUAUUGUUAUAUUUAUCUUCGGCAUACAUAUUUUGUUAGUUUUCAGUUCUGUUGGAACACUGAAUAUUAAAUGUGCUUGGAAAUAAAUAAUCUGAUUCACAGUGCCAAUUAAAUUAAUCUCACCUCAGUUUAAUUUGAGAAAUAAUUGAACA